AACCUCACUAGGGUGUCAACGUAUUUGCCGUCCUUGAAAUAAUAAUGAACGAAAAUCUAUAAAGAAUGAUCGACAGUCCCUACAGUUCCUAAAUAAUAAUCCCCGUGCCUAGUGACCCUCCUCUCUCUCUCUCACCAGUUUCAUGACCAGGGUUCCUUCGGAUAAUCCAAUGGCGCGUCCAUCAAUGGCGUCUAUUCUCAAAGCCUACUCUCUGCCUCUGAUUCUUUUCACAGUCUCAAUGUACUAUCAGCUCUUCGUCAUCCCGCGUUCGUUCCCUGUUUCUCAUUACGAUGUUUUGGGGAUCAAUAGGGAUAACUCUAUUGAAGAAGUGACUGAUGCCUAUGAGAAGCUCUCAUCCAACUGGCGUUCAAGUGUGGAAGUUCCUUCUACUGAUGAAUUUAUCAAGAUUCGAUAUGCUUUUGAGCUGUUGAAGAAUCCAUUAUGGAAGAGAGAUUAUGACAUAUUUGGCAUUGAUGAGCAAGUACAUGUUAUUGAAAAACUCAAGGAGCAAUAUGCUGGGGCAAGUUUUUCUGAAAUUGACCUUCCAUUAUUGGAGGCUGCUUCCUUUGAUGCGGUAGAUCCUGCUUUUAAUGUCAUUACUUCUGAGAAUCUCCUGUCUAAGUUUGAGCACUCCAAGGCAUUUCUAGUUCAGGUUUUUUCAUUUGGGAGCAACCGCUGCAAACUAUUUUCUGUUAUCUGGAAAAGAAUCGCUACCUUGUUGGAUGGGAUUGCAAAUACUGGAAUGGUUGAACUUGGUGACUUUCAUCUUGCCACAUACCUUGCUGAGAAGAGAUCUACAGGACAACCUUUCUUUAGAGAUGGCCUGCCUUCACUUGUGGCGUUUCCCCCCGGAUGUAAAACUUUAGAUUGUCUUGUGUGGUAUGCAGGGGAGCUUUCUGUUGAUGCAGUUACUGAUUGGGUUUCAACAGCCAUCCUAAGUUUGCCUCGCAUUACGUACUACUUUAAGGAGUCACUGGUAAAAGGUUUUCUGGCAAAAACCAGUCAUCAUAAGGUAAAAGUAAUUUUCUUCUCAAAAACUGGGGAGCGUGCCACUCCGUUUGUGCGUCAAGGUGCUAAAAAUUAUUGGGCCUAUGCCUCUUUUGCAUUUGUACUAUGGCGAGAAGAGGAAUCAUCCAUUUGGUGGAAUAUGUUUGGGGUGGAAUCUGCACCUGCCAUUGUAAUUUUGAAAGAUCCGGGUGUCAAGCCUGUUGUGUAUCAUGGGUCAGUAAACAAUUCAAUGUUUACGAGUAUGAUGGAACAGAAUAAGCAUCAAGAGCUUCCCCAAUUAAGGAGUGUGACGUCGAUGGAGCUGGGUUGUGAUGCCCGUGGUUAUUCUCGUGCUGGAAAUAAAACCUUAAUCUGGUAUUGUGUCAUUCUAGCUGGAAGACUAAGCCCAGAACUCAAUCAAAUGCGUGAAACCAUUCGCAGGGUCCAAGGAAUACUAUCAAAUGAUGGCGAGUCAAACACAGCGGAUGAAAAUUUAUCAGCAACACCAUCAGCCAUUGCACUAAAGGAAAAACGUCUGACAUUUACUUGGAUGGAUGGGGAAGCCCAAAAAAGCCGCUGUCUCUUUUACAUUCACUCGGAGAGCAGCUUUGAAACUUGUGGACCUAGGAGGGAUCCAUCAGAUGUACCACGGUUAUUGAUUGUACGUUAUAGAAGGAAUGCUACUGAAGAUGGUGUGAAGAUUGAGAGAAAGACAAAUACCAUAUUAGAUGCAUUUCAAGAGGAUACGGAUCCUUCAUCACAACUUGUGGCGACUUACAAUGGUUCGAGUGAAAUUCUACAGAUCAUACGAUGGAUCUCUCAAAUAAUAGAAGAUGGUGACUCCAGGGAUCUCCCCUUUUUUAGAACAAGAACUCCUGCACUUGUACCUGAGGAUGCAGAUCCUAUUUGGUCAAGAGGUGCCACUAGCAUUAUUUCCACAAGCAAGGGAAUGAAACAGAAGAUUGGUAGCAUCACAAGUAGAAUCCAUGAUAACCUGGGAGAUCCAAGGCUUGGUCCAAUCUUGCUUUUGGGAGCAUUAAUGUCUUUUGGUAGCAUCUGGUUGUGGAGGAGUCAAUCAACUCAUUCAAGUCAGUCAAUUCAAAGUACGAUGGAUGAAAACCGACGAAAUAGGAGAGAUCGCCGAAAAACCAUGUCAACCCGAGGUCAGCCUUCUUCCAUCACUGACAUGGAACCAAAAGAUGCUCGCCAGAUUUCACUAUCAGAUUCUGACGCUGAGUAAUAGAUGCUGUUGAGAGGAAUUGAGGUUUGAUCGAUGUUGUGACCCUGGCACAAUAGUCCUCAAAAGGAAUCUAGGUUUGAUGUAGUGAAUUGGACACACUGGUCCUCAAACUAAAUAUCAAAGUUUAUGAUCUCUAGUUUGAUUGUAAUGGUUCGAACACAGAAAUCAACACAGCACACUUUCCAUUACAAUUAGUUAUUAUUGUGCACCUAUACUGUAAGCUUGAGCAACAUAUUUGAGUUGAUAGGUUUCUGUUCUGGUUUUGGUUAAUAAAUGUUAAAAUCUUACUUUUUCUGCUA